AUGGAUAUCUCCGACCAAACCGUGCAGAAGAUCCAGAAAUUCGCAGAAAAACGCCAAGAAGCAGAAUACGAGUCGACAAAGGAACCUCUCAGUGAAACUGCAUUGCAUGUCUACACGCGACGUUUAGAUGCAACCUUGCAAGGACUCCAAGAGCAAGUCAAACGACAGCAGGAUGAAUUGAAUAAGGCAUGUUAUGAAAUUCUCCUGCGGGAGCUCAAUUCUCUUGACCUAACAGAGACGGGCACUGAUUCCUGGGCCCGUGUUUCCCAGGCUCGAAGGGCCAAGAAAGCAUAUGACUCGCUUCUCAAGUCCAACGAUGAGCUCCCAGCAACAGAUUCGGUGUUGCCAUCACUUCUAGCCAUAGAAGAAACCGCACGCCUUAUUCAAGAAAAUAAGGUCUCUGUCGCAAUGACAGCCGAACAGCUGUCUCUAGAUCGAGAGCGCCUGCGAGUCGAAGAGGCCAAUCUACGUGACUCUCAAUCAAUCGCAAGCGGACUCCGAGAGCGGAUCCAGAGAAUCCGCAAUGCCAACACGAGAAAGGAAGAGCAAACUCCGUCACAGGUGGCACGCGAGCAGCUUGCCUUGCAGAAAAUGCAAAAUAAAAAACUAGACCGCUCGUCUGCAAGCCUCAAGGUCUCGUUGGAUAAGUUUAUCGAUGAGACUCUUGCUCCAAUGCUUGCUGCUGAAGAUAUGGGCGGCCCGACUGUGGGCGAUGCUUUUGAGGUGUCAGAUGCUACGCUGAAGGCAGGUUAUACGGCACAUGGCAAGCCCAAAAAGCUAAAAGAGCCGGCAGAAACAGAAGAUGGGUCACAACAGCGGAUUGAUAAGUUUAUGAAACGCAACGCGGAUGAGGCUCCUACAAACAAGAGGGAGGCAGCUGCAAAAGAGAUGCAUGGCCUUCUCAACGCCAUGUUGGAGGCUGAAUCAUCCUAUAUCAAUUUGGGGCACGACUCGGCAUCUUCGAGGUUCCUCGUGAGAGCUAAGGUUGCGCAGUUUCACCCUCGAGAUGCACGGCGGCUUCGACUGAUUGAUUUUGGUCGUUCAUUGGGGAUUUAA